AUGAGGGAAUGGAGAGUCAGUGUGGAAGAGAAACUCACAAGGCACUGAUUUUGAAAAUCUUAGGGAGGCAUUUUCUCCCAGCCCCUGUCCUGGAACAGGACUUCCCCAAGCUUUAUCCCAGAAGUGGGUAAGAAAGGCCUAAGUAUGAGGCAUAAUCCCCAGGAGUGUGGCCCUUGUGAGACUUGGUUCAGGUUUGCGGGUAUAAGGGGAUAGAGGGACAGGGACAUAUGUCUGAGAAGAGGAGAGAGGGCUCACUCAAGGCCUGGGUGGUAGCCAGACUCCCGUGUCCUGCUUAGCCUUGAUUUCACAGCUGCCUCUGGUGUUUACCGAUGAGGACCUGGGUAUGGGUCUCACCCUAACUCUCCCUGUGGGAAGUUCUUCCUUCAGUGCACUAUAUGGCUGGGGUUGGGGUGAGUGACAGAGGGGUCCCUCUGCGGGCUCAGAGAUGUCCAGACUGGUGGCACUUUGGAAGAAGGGACACACUGAAUGGAAAGGCUGCAGGAGACCGUGUAGCCAGCUUGUGAUCUAACUGCUUUCCCAGCCCCAUGCCUCAGUUUCUCCUAUAGUUUCCUGUACCUGGAGGGGGGAAUCCGUGGGAAGGAAAAGAGCUCCUCUGAAAGCAGGUGAUAGGAUCCAAGGUGUGAUAAUUAUAAUUAUACUGCAGGAUGCUCAUCCUCCCCUUCCUCCCGGCCCUACCCUACCCCGAUGCACUGGAUCUCAAAGCAGCAUCGGGGUGGGGUUGUCCCCCUGGCAUAGGUGGAGACCAGAGUUCUGAAGAGGGGAAGGGGUUUGCCAAGGUGGAGGUGGAGAGAAACUGGGGAGUACUGGCUUUCAGCCUGCAGAAAACAGUCCUCAAAGAAGAGAGGACUGCAGGACUUCCACUGCAGAGAGUUGUGACCUAAAGCCAGAGAUGGUGUCACAGCCCAGAGGCAGGGUUGACAUCCAGAUCUCAACCCAGUUUGAGAUAGUAACUCAUGUUCCUUCACCACCUUCUCCAUACUACUGGUCAUUUAUUCAGCAAUGCAGUCGAUUGACAAAAGUGCACUCAGUGCCCAUUAGGUGCUACAAACUACCCAAGCAUCCACGCCUGAGAUGUGAUUGUAAAACAAGCCUGACUUUCCAGGAGUUCACAGACUGCAACUUUCCUCCUGGCCCUUAGUGUAACAUAUUUACAAAGCCCUGGCACUCAGCAGGCUUCAAUCAUUGUUCCUUGAAUUAAAGCUUACAAUUUAGUUAAGGAGAUAAGAUGUGCACAAAUUAUGAGUACAUAAGCUAUAAUAAAGGGACGAGCAAAGGCUGAGGGCGAAUAGAACAGAGAAAGAUUAAUUUGGGGGUGGGAGGAGCUGAGAAGGCUUCAUGAGAGAGAUGGUAUUUGAGGUCACUUUUGAGAUAUUAAUAAAAUUUGACAGGUAAGUGGCUGGAGGUGUAGAGUGGUAGAGUGCUUACAUGCAAUAAGGCCUUUGAUUCUCUCACCAUAAACAAAAAUGAUUUGACACAUAGGGUUGGUGGGGGAGUAGAAGAAAAUACUGUAAAUGAAAUGAUUCUGCCUUACUGACAGUGUGUGUGUGUAUAUUACUGUACUUGGGAUUGAAACCAGAGCCUUUGAGCUGAAUUAUAUUCCCAGCUCUCCCCCCGACACCACACCACCCUACCCUCCCUUUUUUUUUUAAAACCAGGAAUCAAACUUAGGGCCUUGUGCUUACCAGGCAGGUGCUGUGCUGCUCAUCUAAAUCCAGAGGGAAGACAAGCAUCUAUGUAUAGGGUGAAUUCCUUGCUUGGUCCCUGGCUUCUGCUCUACAGUGUAAGGGUGAGAUCAGACAGGAGCGAGCAUUUAGGUUCUUUUUUAGGAGUUUUUUUGGGUUUUUUUGUUUGUUUGUUUUUUGGUCUUUUUGGGACAGUGUCUUGCUAUGCAGUUCAGGCCGGUCUUGAGCUCACUUUGUCCAGGCUGGUCUCAGACUUGCAAGAAUCUUUAGUGCUGGGGAAAAAAAUCUUUAGUGCUGGGAUUAUAGGUGUGCACCACUACUGCUGGCUCUCUCAGGGGUCUUUUUUUUUUUUUUUUUUUUUAGGUAUGGGAAAUCAAACUUAUGACCUCAUACUUGCCAGGCAGGCACAUUGCCACUGAGCUAAAUCCCUGGUCCUCUCUUAGGGGUCUUUAAACUAGUUCCUUGCCUUAGGGACACAGCUGUCUGAGCAAACCAUGAUCUUAAGAUUUGCGUGUCCUCUGCUCAGGCAUGGUAGUGCAGGCCUAUAAUCCCAGCAUUUGGGGGGUGCUGAGGUAGAGUCACCGCGAGUUCAGUGCCAGCCUUGACUACAUAGUAAGUUCAAGGGCAGUCUGAACUGCAUAGUGAGACCCUGUCUCAAAACAAAACAAAAAUUGUGUGUCCUGUGGAAAAUCCCUUUCACUCUCAAGAUCCGUUUCCCCUCUGAAGAAUGCAAUAUAUGGGCCAGCAGGCAGGAGGAUCCUCCUUCGUUCUGGCCAAUGUUGAUCCCGUGGCUCCAAAGCUGAGUUCCUGCAGAAAUUCAGGGAACUCAGCAAGGUCUCCAGCCAAGCUUCACACAAGGGCCUUGCCCCUAUUUGUCCUGGCCAGGCCUGGUGCCUCCCUCUCUGAGACAGCGUGACCCUUCCUGCCCCCGCCCUUGCCGCUCCCUUCACAGCCCCUUCCACACACUCGCAGGUGAAGCCCAGAGCUGAGGAUGGGAUCCCACUGCCCCCACUCAGGUCCUUCCGCCUGCCCUCCCUCUCUGGCGCCCAUUAGCUAGCUCAGGCCGUGGGGGCGGUGGCUGCUGAGUCUCAGUGCCAGGCCCAGCCCCCAGAGACGCACCUGUUCUGACCUGCUGAGCAGGUUCCCAGGUUUCUGCCGUCGUUGUUGGCCACGGCGUGGGAAGCAGCUCUGGGGGAGCUCGGAGCUCCGAUCACGGCUUCUGGGGGUAGCCACGGCUGGGUGGGUAGAAUAGGGCUGGGUCCCCUAGCAGAGACCCAAGUGGGAUAGACAGAUACGUCAGCAUCCAGGCAAUCCACGGCCUCCUGUUUUCUGGGUCGUGCCUCAUCCAGCUCUAGAACCGGCUCCCAGGGAGAACUCGGUGGAACUUCAGAAACGCUGGGCAGGUUUCCUUCCAGCCAAUGGCCCUGUCCCUGGGAGCCGAGAUGUGGGGGCCUGAAGCCUGGCUGCUGUUGCUGCUGCUCCUGGCAUCAUUCACAGGCCGAUGCCGAGCAGGUGAGCUGGAGACCUCGGACUUGGUGACAGUGGUCCUAGGCCAGGAUGCAAACCUCCCCUGCAUCUACAGAGGGGACCCCGGCGAGCAGGUGGCCCAGGUGGCGUGGGCUCGGGUGGACGCCAACGAGGGAACCGGAGAGCUGGCGCUGCUGCACUCCAAGUAUGGGCUACACGUGAGCUCGGCCUACGAGGGCCGCGUGGAACAACCUCCACCCCCUCGGGACCCACUGGAUGGCUCCGUGCUCCUGCGCAACGCCGUGCAAGCGGACGAGGGCGAGUAUGAGUGUCGCGUGAGCACCUUUCCCGCCGGCAGCUUCCAGGCACGACUGCGGCUGCGCGUGCUGGUGCCUCCUCUGCCCUCACUGAACCCUGGCCCACCCCUGGAAGAGGGCCAGGGCUUGACAUUGGCAGCCUCCUGCACAGCUGAGGGCAGCCCGGCCCCUAGCGUGACCUGGGACACAGAGGUCAAAGGCACAACAUCCAACCGCGCCUUCAAGCAUUCGCGCUCGGCUGCUGUCACAUCAGAGUUCCAUCUGGUACCUAGUCGCAGCAUGAAUGGGCAGCCACUUACCUGUGUGGUAUCUCACCCUGGCCUGCUCCAGGACCAAAGGAUCACCCACACCCUUCAAGUGGCCUUCCUGGCUGAGGCCUCUGUGCGUGGCCUGGAGGAUCAAAAACUGUGGCACGUUGGCAGAGAGGGAGCUAUGCUCACGUGCCUGAGUGAGGGGCAGCCGCCUCCCUCAUACAACUGGACACGGCUGGAUGGGCCUCUGCCCACUGGGGCACGAGUGGAAGGGGGCAUGCUGGGCUUUCCUCCGCUGACCACUGAGCACAGCGGCAUCUAUGUCUGCCACGUCAGCAAUGAGCUUUCCUCCAGGGAUUUCCGAGUCACCGUGGAUGUUCUUGCAGACCCUGAGGACCCAGGGAAGCAGGUGGACCUGGUGUCGGCCUCGGUGGUGGUGGUGGGUGUGAUUGCUGCGCUCCUGUUUUGCCUCCUGGUGGUGGUGGUAGUGCUCAUGUCCAGAUACCACCGGCGCAAAGCCCAGCAGAUGACCCAGAAAUAUGAGGAGGAGCUGACUCUGACCAGGGAGAACUCCAUCCGCAGGCUGCAUUCCCAUCCAUCGGACACCAGGAAUCAGAGUGAAGAGCCUGAGGGGCGCAGUUACUCCACGCUGACCACAGUGAGGGAGAUCGAAACACAGACGGAACUGCUGUCUCCAGGAUCUGGGCGGGGGGAGGAAGAGGAAGACCAAGAUGAAGGCAUCAAACAGGCCAUGAACCAUUUUGUUCAAGAGAAUGGAACCCUACGAGCCAAGCCCACAGGCAAUGGCAUCUACAUCAAUGGGCGAGGGCACCUGGUCUGACCCUGGCCUGCCUCCUCCCCUAGCUCUUCUGCCUAUAUGGGGGAUUCCACUCAUCUUGGAGGGAGGCUCCUAAAAUGCCCAUAUUUUUGAGGAAGAUGUUCCCUACCCCACUGACUGCUUGACCUUUUCCUCCAACCCUCUGUUCAUCGGGAGGGCUCUGUCUGACAGUUGAGUCCCUCCCACCAUAAAUACAGGUCACUGUGUGUGUGUGUGUGUGUGUGUGUGUGUGUGUGUGUGUAUGUGUUCAUGUGCUUGAAUGCAUGCACAUUUUUGUUUGUGUGUUCACUGAUCAUGUGUGCAUGUAUAGAGUGACUUCCUUUUUUUUUUUUUGGUACUGGGACUCAAACUUGGGGCCUCACACUUGCCAGGCAGGCGCUGUGCUGCUGAGCUAUGUCCCCAGUCUAUGGAGUGACUUCCAUAGUACAUGUCCUGCUGCACUGGCUUGUCAUCACUUUUAGAGUGAAUGGUGGUGUGUGUCACUGGAUUCUGGUGAUUGUGGGGGAGAUGGCUGUCAGGGUUCAGUUUGUGUGUUGUGUGGCUGUAUGUGACCUCUGCCUGCAAAGGCAGGUAUUUCCUCGGACCCCAGAGCAGUAUUAGUGAUGCAGAGGUUGGAGGUGAGAGGUGGAGACUGUGGGCCACAUCCAGGUGUGCGGGCAUAGCUGGAGCUGGGAUUUGGCCUCCUAAGUGGGGGAGCCGGGUUCCUACCACUUGAGAGCCACUGGGGGAGUGUGAAGCCACCACCCAAGGGUCCGGCAGGGACUUGAACAGUUACAAAGAAGCCCUCUGCCCUCUGGUGGCCUGUAAGCCUGCUGCAUGUACAUACUUGGUGUAAAAAACCUUCCUGGGGAGCUUGAAAACUCUGACUCCCUAAGAGCAACAACUUGCAAAACGUUUUAUCUGCAUUGUUUGUUCCUUGGCUUACUUAAGCAAGGACAGCCUACAAAGGCACUCAGCAGGGCUGGACCUCGCUCAAACCCUUAUGCCAGCCCAUGGUUGACCCCUGUAGUACUGAGAGGUGCUCCUAAGGCAUCUUUAUCUUAGGCAGACCCCCUCCAGGGGCCUGACAGCUGUUGGGCCCUGGGACUGUGGGUGUGGUGAGCUCUCUGCUACUGAACCCCUCAACUCUUCCCGUAGCCUCAUUUCUCUCUCUCUCUGUUUCUCUUUCUCUCUGCCUCUCUCUUUGGUUGUAUCCACUGUUGCUUAUGGUCCCUGCAGGAGCUGCUGGGACUUGGUGACAAGUGCUCCUGGUUCAGUGGUGGUGUAGGGAAGAGAAAGCUGACUAUGCAGCACGGGAGGGGGGAGUUUGGAGGGGGAAGGAGAUGCUGGGUGUCACCUUGCCUUAGCAGGUUCUGGGUCCUUGAUUCAGUUUCUGGCAGUUUCUUUGGAUAGAGACAGGGCUUAGAUGUUUAUUUUUAUUUGGCCUACCCAAACACACUCAGCCAGAAUAUUGAGAUUUAAUACCCAAAUCCUGCAUGGCCUGAAAUCUGCUGGAUUUCUAGACUAACGCAGAGGCUCUUGUCUCCUGCUGUCUAGCCAGCCUGGGACUUUGAAUGGGAAACUCAAAGGUCUGAGAUCCUAGUAUGUACAUUGUGUGUAAAUAUGUGCAUAUUUGUAUAUAAAAUGAUAUUCUGUUUUUAAAUAAACAGAUAAAACCUG